AUGGGGGAGGGGCGAGCGCGGGGUGGAGAGGAGGAGGGUGGUGGGGAAGAGGAGGAGGAGGAGGAGGAGGAAGAGGAGGAGGAGGAGGAGGAGGAGGAGGAGGAGGAGGAGGAGGAGGAGGAGGAGGAGGAGGAGGAGGAGGAGGAGGAGGAGGAGGAGGAGGAGGACGACGACGACGACGACGACGGCGACGACGAGGAGGAGGAGGAAAGAGAGGAAGAGGAGGAAGAAAGGGAGGAGGAGGAGAGUGGGGCGGACAGCCGCAGUGUAAAUCCCUCUUGA